CUCAAGCAGUCGCUCUCAUUUCACUCUCGUUCUUGUGUGCGCACCCCCCCACCACCACCACCUUGCCCCCCACCACCACCACCACCUCGCCCCCCCCCAUUCGCUUUCAUUAUUUUCGUCUUGUUCGGUGCGGGACGCGCGCUCGCUCGCUCGCUCGCUCCUUCGAUCCCCUCGCUCUUUGCUCGUUCGGGGGUGCCGGCUGCGUGUCCUGGGGGUGGUGACGGUGGUGGUGGAGGUGGUGACGGUGGAGGUGGUGACGGUGGAGGUGGUGGAGGUGGUGGCGAGUAACGGCGAUGAUGGCGCUCGCGCCGGGCGUGGCUGUGGCCGCGCUGUCGCUCGCGUUGGGCCUCGUGCUGUGGCUGAUGCAUCUCGUGUCCAUCGCCUUCACACGCAUCCACCUGCGGAGGCAGGUUCCGGAUAAAGUUCCUGUUUCAUGUCUUCCUGGUGUCUCCCUCCUCAAGCCGCUCAAAGGCGUCGACCCAAACCUCGGAGACAAUCUUGAGACAUUCUUCAACAUGGAUUAUCCAGAGGUGGAGAUUCUUCUCUGUGUGCAGGACAGAGAUGACCCAGCGGUGAAAAUCUGUCAGCAGCUCCUCGACAAAUACCCGAACGCGGACGCAAAACUCCUCGUGGGAGGCAAGCGAGUGGGUAUCAACCCCAAGGUGAAUAAUCUUAUGCCUGCGUAUGAGUCUGCGAAACACAGUCUACUGUGGAUCUGUGACAGUGGCAUUCGUGUGAGACCAGACACACUGUUAGACAUGGUUUUGCAGUUGUCCAAGGAUGUGGGUCUUGUCCACGGGCUACCGUACGUGGCUGACAGACGUGGAUUCGCAGCCACACUCGAGCAGGUUUAUUUCGGUACAGCACACCCACGUAGCUAUGUCUCGGCACACGUGGUUGGGGUGCGCUGUGUCACGGGAAUGUCCUGUCUGCUGCGUCGCUCGGUUUUGGACGACGCUGGGGGGCUCCAAGCGUUUGGAAAGUUCCUCGCGGAGGAUUACUUCAUGGCCAAGGCCAUCACAGACAGGGGAUGGAAACUCGCCAUGUCUCACCAAGUUGCACUGCAGAACCCGGGUUCCUACUCAAUCUCCUCCUUCAGGAACCGCAUGAUCAGGUGGACUAAGCUGCGUCUCACGAUGGUCCCUGCGACCCUACUGCUCGAGCCAUUGUCCGAGUGUCUCGUGUCUUCGUGUCUCAUAUCCUGGGCAUCUUACAAACUACUCGGAUGGGACCCGGCCAUUGUGUUUCUGGGGCACAUCCUGGCCUGGUUUCUGGCAGACUACGCACAGCUCACCGGCGUGCACGGGGGCGCACCUCCGUUCUCGCGGAGGGAGUUUGCAGCCGCGUGGGUUGUUCGCGAGCUGCUGACGCUGCACAUCUUCGUCUCCGCUCUCCUUCACCCAAACAUCGCAUGGAGGAAAGGCACUUACCGGGUUCACUGUGGUGGCACCGCGGAGGAGACGCUCCCCGUGUAGGGGAGAGUAGGCGUGUGGGAGGAGAGGGACACGGGGACAGGAUAGAGGAGAAAGACACGGCGAGAGAGGGAGAGAGACACACAGGUCGAGAGGGAAACGUCGCGGCGGGGGGGGGAGAAGAGAAAUAGAGAGAUUGAAGAGGGAGACAUUGGUAUGGGAGGAAUGGGGAGGAGAGACGCGGGGAGGAGAAAAUGAAACACAGGGAGCGGAGGGGAGAGGAAGAAGAGAGAAGACACUGGGAGAGGAGAGGAGACACGGGGGGGGGGGGGGGAGAGUUGACACGGGAGGGAAGGGCAGACACGUGUAGGAGAUAGGAGAUACGAGGAUAACUUUGGGAAGCGAUAGGAGACAGGAGACACAACAGGGAGGGGUGGGGAACACGGGGAGGAGAGAGGAAAUAUGGUGAGAGUAGUUACGGGGAUAGGAGAGUAGACACGGGAAGGAUAUUGGAAGAUACAAGGAAGAGAGAGAAGACACGGGGAGGGUAGGGGAAGACACGGGGAAGAGAGAAAAGGAGACACGAGGAGUAGAGUAGACAUCUGGAGGGAAAGGAGAUGCCUCAAGGAGAGACAAGAUGUGGUGAGAGGUGAGGGGUAUGGGGAGGUGAGAGGAGACAUGGGAGGAUCCGUGCACUGUGACAGGUUUCACCUGGAUGAACAGAGCACUGUGACCAGGCCUCCUCGUGGAGCUCCCUGAUGGAGCUCUGCAUUACACUGGGCUUCAUUAUAGAGCUCUGUAUUACACUGUGCCUCCUCAUGUAGCUCCAGAAUGGAGCUCUCUGUUACAUUGGGCCUCCUUAUUAAGCUCCACGAUGGAGCUCUAUUACACUAGGCCUUCUCACGGAGCUCUCUAUUACACUGGACCUCAUUGUGGAGUUCCAUGAUAACUAUUGAAGACUGGGUCCCCUGGCGGAGCUCGGUAAUAAGUGACAAGUUUCCUAAAAGGACUCCAUGACAGAGCCUCUAUCAGAGACUGGGCCGCAUCAUGAAGCUUGAUAAUGGGGCACUGUCAAAUUGGGCCUCCUCACAGAGCUCUGUCAGGGGGCCAUUAAUUGUUCUAUAAUACAUGGUUUAUCUGUUGGUAUUUAUAGUGUAAACUGGAGCAAGUGUGAGUUGUGUUUCUGUAUAAUUUAAAAGAACUGAGUUGA